GAAAUUAAUUAUUUUUUUCGAGUAGAUCAUUCCCUUAAUGCCUAACUCUUGGAAAGUAUUUAAGCCAAUUCUUCACAAGGCAUCAAAAGUUAAUUUCAAAUCUUCUUCAAUUCUGACUAACGUGACAAAUACUUCUCCUUUUCCGUUCUUCGACCGGCUUGUGGAACAAAACCACAUCAGAAUCGUCUACUAUUAUCAAACCAGAGGAGAUGCAGGGUACAUCGUUGAAGAGGCGACCAAGAAGCUGAGAGAUUCGUUAUCGGAAUUGCUCACUAAUUUUCCGAUUAUGACCGGACGCUUGCAGAAGAACGAUGAAGGGCAUUGGAUGAUCAAGUGCAAUGAUGCAGGAGUGAGAAUGGUGGAGGUUGGAGCAAGAGGGAGAGUGGAGGAGCGGCUGAGGAGUACGGACAGCGAGAAAGGGCUUAAACUUGUUCAUUGGGAGGAGAUGUUCCACAAACCUUAUUUUUUGGUCUACAUUUUAUGUGCAGGUAAAAGCUUUGGAAAGUCGAGAAAAAAAUCUCACAGAAGUACUCAUUAGAAAACUGCAUUCAAUUCAACUUCAAAUUAUCAUUAUUAUCAUUAUUAUCAUUAUUACAAGUGAGGCUAAAUUAAAUGGGUAUCUUAUGA